AUUUGGUCUAUGGCGUCAUCAGUGAACGCUUCUUCAGUUUUCUUUCUACCACGUAACUUCCUUUCCGCUUGUACGAAUCUCACCGAGAACACGCGUUUACCUCUUCUGCAAAAUGCGUUACGUUGCCGCUUACCUGCUCGCAGCCCUAGCUGGCAAUGAUGCUCCUCAGGCAAAGGACAUCCAGAAAAUCCUAGAAAGCGUUGGCAUUGAAGCUGAUGACACCCGAAUGCAGAAGGUAAUCUCUGAGCUUGAUGGUAAAAGCAUCGACGAGGUCAUUGCUCAAGGUAAUGGCAAGUUGGCCAGCAUGCCAGCAGCUGGUGCAGUAGCAGCGGUAGCCACCUCUGCUGCGGUUGUCGCUGGAGGAGCAGCAGCCCCGGCUGCAGCUGAAGAGAAGAAGGAAGAGCAGAAAGACUCUGAUGAGGGGUCUGAUGAUGACAUGGGAUUCGGCUUGUUUGACUAAACUUGUUAACCUCAGAAAUAAAAUUUGUAUAAAAUACCGUGCUUGAACCUUUGUCAAUUGAAAUGCAUUGCUACAUUGCAGUUGUGGUGUAGAAGGGCUUGGGCCCAAAUUCGGAAUGGUCUAAAACGCUUACUUAACCCAAAUCCUCCUACCGAGAUGGGAAUGGAAUGCCUACUGACCAGGAGUAAAAUGGACAUUGGGUGAACUAUUUGCAUAAAUAUGUAGCAUGACCUAAUGCUGCUAGGACUGCAACAAUAAGUUGAUUAAUUUUUAGACAAAUUAAUUCAAUGUAUAGAUUGAUUUAGAAGGUACAAAUACCAAAUAUAAGGCUGUUUUUUAAAAUAUAAUUUUAAAGUAAAUGUGGUUUUUUUUUGGGCUGAAAAUCAGAUUAGGAAAGUGCAGUUUGUACUGAGUAUGUAGGCCUAUAUUGUUGAAUUUCAUUAUUUUUGUGAAGUAGACCAAAAAUAUGCCCAGGUGCGCCAGAUGGUCACCAGGUCACAAAGUGUAUAUAAAUGUAUAAUUUAUUUUUUUUCUCUGGUUAUUGGAUGGCUCAAAAUAUAGGACACUGGCUGCUGGUAAAUGAGAGGUUGGCAUUACAGCUAUGGACCCUUUAACAGUGUCAAUAGUAGGAUAAUCAUUACAUUAAGGAUGUAAUGAUUAUUAUGCCAUAAAAAGGGUCUUAUUCACCCUCGGAAAAUUACCAUUAUGGAACAAUCAAUGAUUAACUCGUCUAAAGUGGAUUUUAUGGUAAUUCAUUAUCCGACUCAUUCAAAUCUACAUUGACAACGCUCGAUCUUUUUCCUUAAAUAAUUAUUGAUUAAACAUGACACGGACUGAACACUGAAAUGUAGAAAUUUAACAAUCAAACAAUGUUGUUGAAAGGAUGAUGUUAGUUUGAAAUUACUGUAAGCCACGCCCUCUGAAUGAGUAAUGACGUAGAUUCCCGGCUAUACACCCGUCGAGCCUCGUCUUUUCAUAAUCAUAACGUCGACGGACAGUGAAGGUUACCUGCUUCAACAGUGCUUGAACGGCAACCUUUCAGCUGUCUUUCACCUACUUUUGGAUCAAUUUCUAAAAUCCGAUUUAUUUUAACUAAAUAUCCACUACACAGUCGCCAUUUUCGUUUAGAUUUCGUGUUAUUCGAGUAUCAUUAGCCUGCUACAUCGCUAGCUGUUUAGCUAACAACGCAAACAGAAUAUCUGUCGACAAGACGAUCCAACAUCCAACUGAGUACUUACCUUCCACAUCCCGACACAAGAAACGAUAACG